UGACAAUCCUGUAUGUUUUUAAAUGGUAGGCCUAUAUAUUGAUUUACCUACAAUAAAAAAGGGACAAGAAUAUAUUUUUUCGGAGAUUUAUACAUUCAUUUGGGUGUCAUUUGGAUAUUUUUCAAGACAAAAUAACAAAGGUAAUUUGUACAAAGUUACAAGAUGGAACUAAAAUGUACCUGGCACCUGCACUUCUGGUUAGGGAUACUGGAAAAUGAUGAGCACAGGUGUAGUAUGGUUUAAUUGUCCAUUUCUAUUCCAUACCAUGCUGCACUGUGGGAUCUGGUGGAGCCACCCAUCAAUAUGGCUCAUAUCCCUCCAUAUUACCAUGGCAACUGAGGCUGUAAAGUCCUGGGAUUGAGUCUCAUGUGGCACACCGGCUAUAGAACUAUAAAUUAAAAGACAUACUGUAGAAUUAUGAGAUAACUAAUUAUCAUUUUAUAGCUUGUUUAAAUAUAUGUUGUAAGUUAUGUAAGUGUAUAAGUUGUAAUUAAUGGCUAUUAAUUAUAAACAAAUAUUAAAUUAACACUUUGUCUCUAAGUUCCUCAGGAAAAUCCCUCCAAUACACAACCACGAACAUUCUGCACCAUUUAUGACAACGUAUUAAAUAUUUAAAUGGUGCAAAAAAACAUGAUGCAAGCAUGAUUUAUUAACCACCAAUCAAGCCAUUGCUUACAACUUACAAUGUCAUUAUAAUGUAGCUAUAUUAGAAAGUGGUAUGUAUAAUUGUUUCGAUAUGAUGUUUUUUGUUAUUGUGCAACAAGGGGAACAUCAUUUGUUUCUAUUGUUUUUGGAAAUUUGCCUGGAAAUAUCUCAGACUACUGAGAUUGAUUACUACCCCAUUUGUGUUGUCUCUUUUUCAGAAUCACAUGCUCAGCUUAAUGUAUGUGGCGCUGCUCCCCUCAACACCAGGAUAGUUGGAGGUAAAGACGGUCCAGCUGGAAGUUGGCCCUGGCAGGUCAGUCUGCAGAGAUUUGGCAGCCAUGUUUGUGGUGGUUCCCUCAUCAACAGAGAGUGGGUGAUGUCUGCUGCUCACUGCUUCUCCAGUACAAGUACAUCUGGAUGGCAGGUUUCUCUCGGUCGUCAGAACCUGCAGGGCAAUAACCCAAAUGAAGUGUCCAGAACUGUUGCCAGAAUCAUUUUUCAUCCAAACUAUGACAGGAACACCAACAACAAUGACAUUGCUCUGCUCAGACUCUCCUCACCGGUCACAUUCACAGCCUACAUCAGACCUGUGUGUCUGGCAGCCAGUGACAGUGUGUUCAACAGCGGUACUAAUAGCUGGAUCACUGGCUGGGGCGCACUCAAGGAGGGAGUGUCAUUACCAUUCCCUAAAACUCUUCAAGAAGUGGAGGUGCCAGUUCUAGGAAACAGACAGUGUAACUGUCUCAACGGAGUCGGUACAAUCACAGACAACAUGAUCUGUGCUGGUGUUCUGGCAGGAGGCAGAGACUCAUGUCAGGGUGACUCAGGAGGUCCAAUGGUGAACCAGCAGGGCUCUGUCUGGGUCCAGUCUGGAAUUGUCAGUUUUGGUUUUGGCUGUGCUCGGCCCAAUCUGCCGGGAAUCUACUCCAGAGUGUCCAGGUACCAGUCCUGGAUCAACUCCCUCAUCAGCUCUGAUAAGCCAGGCUUUGUCCAGGUCACCUCCAGGGGGCUGGAUGCUGACAGCAGCUACACCUGUCCUGGUCUGCCAGCUGCCCCAACAACUUCACCAACGACUAGACCAAGUACUGCUUUCCAAAGUGUAAACAGUCCUGCAAGGGGAUCAAGAUGGCCCUCUGCUGUGUAAGUCAGACUCAUCUUGGUUCAAAGAGGCCGUUGUAACAAUGAGUGGAAGUAAAUCAGCCGGCGCUGAUGUUCAGGUCUUUGCCUGAACAUCUUCUUAAAGGAGAAAGUUAGGGACAUGCCGUCUCCUGCAGCAGCUGCAACAGGAAAUGCAGCAGGUUUCUCAAUUUCCUUAUUUCUCUCUUUUGUUGUCCCUAUUACCUCACUGUUUCUGUUGUCAGGGUGUUAGGUCUGUUGU